CCUAAUUCAACAUCUCUUUCUCCAACAACCAAUCUCUUAUUCUUCAUUGAUCAUCUCUCAUUAGAAACAAAAAAAAUCUUUUGUAUAUACAAAAAAUGAAACAGUUGUCGACAAAAGUGACAAGCAAUGCUCAUGGACAAGACUCUUCCUACUUCUUGGGAUGGGAAGAAUACGAGAAGAACCCUUACGACGAAAUCAAGAACCCUAAUGGGAUUAUUCAAAUGGGUCUUGCCGAAAAUCAGCUAUGUUUUGAUCUCAUAGAGACAUGGUUAGCUAAGAAUCCGGACGCAGCCGCUCUCAAGAAGGACGGCCAAUCCAUUUUCAAAGAACUUGCUCUCUUCCAAGACUAUCAUGGCCUACCCGAAUUCAAGAAGGCUUUGGCAGAGUUUAUGGAGGAAAUAAGAGGUAAUAGAGUAACAUUUGAUCCAAGCAAGAUUGUCCUAGCUGCUGGUUCAACCUCUGCCAACGAAACUCUCAUGUUUUGUCUAGCGGAACCCGGCGACGCUUUUCUUUUACCCACUCCUUACUAUCCAGGAUUUGAUAGGGAUUUGAAAUGGAGAACGGGAGCAGAGAUCGUACCGAUUCAUUGCUCGAGCUCUAAUGGGUUCCAGAUAACAGAAUCAGCUCUUCAACAAGCUUAUCAACAAGCUCAGAAGCUUGAUCUUAAAGUCAAAGGAGUUCUUGUUACCAACCCAUCUAACCCACUUGGCACAAUGUUGACCAGAAGAGAACUUAACCUUCUCGUUGACUUCAUAACUUCCAAAAACAUUCAUCUCAUAAGCGACGAGAUCUAUUCAGGUACAGUUUUUGGGUUUGAACAAUUCGUUAGUGUCAUGGAUGUCUUAAAAGACAAGAAACUCGAGAACAGUGAAGUCUCCAAACGAGUUCAUGUCGUUUACAGUCUUUCCAAAGAUCUCGGUUUACCCGGUUUUCGCGUUGGAGCAAUAUACUCCAACGACGAAAUGGUUGUUUCGGCUGCGACAAAGAUGUCGAGUUUCGGCCUCGUUUCUUCCCAAACACAAUACCUUCUCUCUGCAUUGCUUUCCGACAAGAAGUUCACAGGAACAUACCUCAACGAGAACCAGAAAAGACUCAAGAUUCGUCAAAAGCAACUCGUGUCUGGUCUUGAAGCAGCAGGGGUUACUUGUCUUAAAAGCAACGCUGGUUUGUUUUGCUGGGUCGACAUGAGACAUCUCUUGGACACAAACACAUUCGAAGCAGAGCUUGAGCUAUGGAAAAAGAUUGUAUACGAAGUGAAACUUAACAUUUCACCCGGUUCAUCGUGUCAUUGUACUGAACCGGGUUGGUUUAGGGUGUGUUUCGCUAACAUGAGUGAAGAGACACUCGAUUUGGCGAUGAAAAGGCUCAAAGAAUACGUGGAGUCAACUGAUAGUAGGAGAGUGAUGUCAAAGAGCAGCCAUGAGAGGAUCAAGAGUUUGAGGAAGAGGACUGUCUCUAACUGGGUUUUCCGGGUGUCAUGGACCGACCGUGUACCCGAUGAACGAUGAAAUUAAUUCAUCGUCCCAUGUUUAAGGCACACAAAUCUUCAUAUUUAUAUAAAUAAUUCGUUUUUUAAUAUUUUGGAAAAUGUAACAUUUUCCAAAAUAUUUACAUCACUAUAUUCUUUCUCAUUUCAUAUAACUAUGUUUUAUUUUAUUAAUCAUAUAUGUGUGUGGUUCUUUGAGAGCCUGUUGCAAUUUUUUUCUUUUGGAUGGGUGUUACUAGUUAAGUGCACUGGAUCCAGAUUUGUAUUUGCAAUGGCUAUUUAUAUAUAUUCCUCUUGUAAUGUCAGCGAAAGCUGGCAAG